GUGUAAUAUAUGUUUAUGAAAGAUGCAAUUCAUAAUAGUGAUUUAAAUAUUUUUAUCGAAUAUACAAAUGUAUUAUUUAAAUAAAAAAUGGAUAUCGAAACUGAAAAUGUUAUAAAUCUUGUAUUUCCAAAUGGUAUACCAGAAUCAUGGAAAGAAAAUCCAGAUUUUUAUCAAUAUUUAUCAAAACUUGGUGGUUAUGAUGUUGAUCAACUUAAUAAAGAACCUAAUCAUUUAGAUGAUGAAAAAACUUCAGUAUUACAAACUACACAAGACUUAGUAUUUGCAAAUUAUAAAACUUUUGUUCAAACAGCAGAAAGUUCUAGAGAAAUAUUUAAACAAUUCAAUGAAACUGAAAAUCGACUUGAUGGACUUGUACAAAAAAUACCUAAAUUUGUGGAAAAGUGCCAAUCAUUUUGUGAUACAUCAAAAGACAUAAAUACACAUAGAAGAAUAAAUAGCUUGACAUUAACAAGAAAUGCAGAAUUACUUGAAGUACUUGAAAUGCCUCAAUUAAUGGAAUCUUGUUUAAGGAGUAAUCAAUAUAAUGAAGCAUUAGAAUUAUCUCAAUAUGCACGUCAAUUAGGAACUAAACAUGGAGAUAUUCCAAUUAUAUCGUCCAUAGUGGCAGAAAUUGAAAGUAGUUGGUCUGGUAUGGUAGGACAAGUUGUUGGUUCAUUAAGGGGAGAUUUACCACUUGCAAGAUGUCUACAACUUGUUGGAUUAUUACGAUCAAUGGAUGCUUUUACAGAACCAGAAUUACGUAUUAAAUUUUUACAAGCUCGUGAUAGUUGGCUUCAAAGUCUUUUGACUGCUAUACCUAAAGAUGAUUCUAAUCUUCAUAUCACAAAAACAAUAGAAUUAUCAAGAAUAUAUUUAUUUAAUAUAAUAACACAAUAUAAAGCUAUGUUUAAUGAUGAUGAACCAGGAAGAGAUCUAACAGUGAAUGAAUGUGCUAUAUUUUAUCAUUGGAUUGAAGAAAAAAUAUCACAAUUCUUAAUGACUUUAGAACAAGAUUUACCUGGUGUGACAUCAAUAGAUUCUAUUUUGGGUCAAUGUACAUAUUUUGGUUUAUCAUUUGGUAGAGUAGGUGUUGAUUUUACUGGUCGAAUGUGCGAUAUAUUUGUACGUGUUAUUGGAGAAAAAUUUGAAACUAGUGUUCGCAAAACUACAAAAAAAUUUGAAAAAGAUAUGGAAUCAUUUACAUUAAUUAACAAAAUACAAAAGACAAAUGUUAAAAUGACUACUACAAUUAAAUCAGAAAAUCCACCAGAACAAUUGGUAGAAUUUUAUCCUUUAGCUGAAUAUUGUAAUGGUCUUAUAUCAGCUUUCAACGAAAUACGACUUUGUCCACCAAUAGCACUUUCUGUUUUUUGUACAAAAAUUUUACAGGAAUCUUUACAAAAUGUAGUAAAAUCAAUAUUAGUUUUUUAUAAACAAGAACAGCAAGCUUUUGCAGCUCCAGAAAGAGAAAAUAUGCUCAAAUUUAUAGAAUGUUUAAGUGAACAAUUAAUUCCUUAUGUACAGUAUUGUAUUCAUGCUAUUUUUCCUCCAAACCAAAGUGCAAUUCAUUUAGGAAUUUCAGAAAAUUUACUACAAACAGAGGGAAUAACAUAUUUAAACAGAAAUGUUAUUCUGGAACCUUUGGCUCCUUUAUUACCAAUUCAGAAAAAUCUACCAAUUUCUAAUGUACAAUCAUUAAUGUUACAUAAAACUUCUGAAAUAUCGUCAUUUGAAAAUACAGAAAUAGAUACAACCACUUCACAAUUAAAAAAAUUGAAAAUGCCAGAAUCAGUCUUAGUUACAGAACAGGAAACUGAUUUACAAGAAGAAAAGAAACUUUUAACUGAAGAUAAUAAAAUUCUUGCAAAUAAUUCAAGUGCUGAUGGUGAAAAUCAAAAUAGGUAAUUGUUAAUUUUUGUUCCUUUAUAUGUUAUUAUAUACACAAAUCUUGUAAAUAAAAACAUAAUUUUUUAAAUGAA